AUGGCGCCGCUGUCGGAUACCAAUUAUUUUCCCUCCGUGGGACAGUGCCUCUCUGGGGAGAAAGUGCUUCUGCCUUGGAAGCUGAUCGCUACAGCUCUUUCGGAUGGCACUGGCAAACGGCAGACGAGCUCUGCCAUCACCAAAUUCUUCGACGACGACUAUGUCCGUGCCCUUUUGAGCGAACCCUCGACCGCGUUUGCGCCGCCUGACGAGGCUACAAACAAGAGCUUCGAGACCAAGAUAGCACCAAUUAACGUCACCUCGGCCUCGACUGACCGAUACGAUAUAAACCAAUUCAAGGAUGAUGCGAAAUGGCUGAGCAACAACGCAAAAGUCAACUUGGUGGCCGCCCUGCGAGUCGUGAUCAUCGAGUACCAAUCCCGUUCCUCAAGUCAUCUUUUGGGCCCUCUGUCAUCCCACGACGCCGCCAAUCUCCAAGAAGCUGCGGGCUUGCAAAAUGGCCAGGGAGCAGCAUUUUUGUCAGAUUUGGGAGCAUCAGCCGCGUUGGAUGCCGAUGAGAUAUCGGCGGAAUUCGACAAACCAGAGGCGAGGAGGCGUCGCUUGUUUGAUACAUUCUUGACGGAGCGUCGUUUCUUCAUAAUGGCUGCAGAUUAUGCCACGUCCAUCAAGCUGUAUCGACGUUUGCCCAUUUUCGCUCCUGGAGACAACAGAAUUGCCGAUCUAUAUAAGUUGAAGAUGUCCUCUCAACCGCGUGAUGAGAUGGAGGCGAUGCUGCCAGCUUAUUUGGAUGUCGUAUCUAGCUGCAUGAGUGGGAUCGAGGCCGGCAUGAGAGCAUUCACGGACGAAGCCUUACUACUCAACGAUGAAGUGGAACUAGAAUGGCUGCGAAGCCUCUUGACCGAGAUCGUUCAUAGCUUGUCUGUGGUUCUUCAGCUGGUGGAUUGCUAUGGUAGUGACUUUCCUCCGUCCUCUGCUAUCAACCAGUGGUUUUCGUUGAUGGAAAUCUACGGCUUCUUCGAUUCUAUACAGCCAAUCAGCCAAAUUACUGCUGAAUUGAUUAUGCCUAUGAAGGCCCUGUCUUCAGCCAUCUCCAUCGGCUUGCUCAAGCCUGCACGGGCACUUGCAUAUCUAUCUGAUCGAGACGAGGACCCAGCACAAGCUGACGACGUGUACGACUCAUAUUUGCUCUCGCCAGAUGUUUUGGAGCAGGUUCACAAGAGCAUCCUGGACGCCGCUGGGUUAGACUCUGAGACUGCUUGCCCCGUCAUCUUCACGUGGUCGUUUCUACUACACCGACUCAAUGUAUCCUACCAGACUAGAACUGACAAGCGGGACAACUUGAUACAGCAAAGCGCCCGCGAAAAAUUCGAAACUCGGAGCGUGAUGCGCACACCUACUCGGCGAAACUCUGCUGGAAGCAUCUACUCCAUUGAAUCUUCGAAAUUCGAUGGCUUUCUUGAGAAUUCGUCUAGUCAGAGGGAUAUGCAGGUUGUUGAGCAGCUUGCUGCUGUCGCUACGGCCCAAGGCAGAGUCUUUGAUAUAAUGUCAAAGAUGACUCAAACUUUGGGUCCGUCCAUCGACGGCAGCUUGUCACCCCUGAUUAGCUCGCGCCUUCGUGUCAUAUUUCUAGAGCUAUUGAAAGUUUCGUAUCCAUUUGUUGGAUAUCAGUCGGACUCCGUGAGCUGUCUGCACUCCCUUCUUUCUCCUGGCCGAGGUUACUGGGAGCUAUCCGCGUCGGAGAAUAUGCCCAUCGCCCAGGACAUCCUUGGAUCUAUGCUGCGAGAUGAUCUAGCCAUGGACUUCUUUUUCCAGCAGGCACUUGAUCGGUACCCUUACGAAUUCCUUCCUUUUAUCACGCUCUGUCGCACGCUCUGUACUGCCUCACAAUCGAUUCAAGAUGAUAGGACGGACAUAAUUCUCGAACUGCUACGCAAGACUCCGAGCAUCACAUUCACAUUACCAGAUACAUUCCAGGGAUAUGAGCUGGUCCAAGAAGAUGAAAACACAAACUCUUUCUGCCUUUUAGAGGAGGUUCCUCUGAUCUCUCUAUCAUCCUCUUGGAGUCGGAGGUACAUUGAGGAUGACGCAUACAGAAUACCAGCGGGCACCUACGGGCGAUUUAUCACAGAUACCGGCCGCGUUGUCUUGAUGGACUACCCUCAUUCAACCUUGUCGUUGCUGGGACGGCGACUGGAGAUUAGCCUUUCCCAAGAAGGCUAUCGUUGCGAACUGGGAAUGUUGCAACCGGAAGAGACAGCUGAAGUCAUUUCGUUGUUAGCGUCACUACUUCGAAUGGAGCAGCUGAAGCUGGCAAAGCAAGGGGAUAGCCGCGCAUUGGUUCAUUACGAUGACGACCUGCUCUCCGAGACCAGCACACACAUCAGUGCUGGGAAAGAUAUUGUCACUAUUGUGUGCGAAACGAUGGAUUAUUACAUGCAGGAUGAGUUGGCCAUGACUGAAGAUACGGCUGUGGGCGUCCUUACCGCAUGUGUUAAGUUUCUGCAUGCUGUUCUACAGGUGCAGCCCAGCAGAGUGUGGUCGUACCUCGCAAGGACAGAGUUAUUAAACUCUGAAUCAAGAGCUGGCAAACUCACCAAGAUUACGGGCAGUCUUGACCUGGUCUCGGAGAGAUUCGAAUUCCUCUCAUCCUCACUGUCACUGUUUUCCGCACUUAUCGACACUGUCAUGUCUUCCGCCGUCCAGCGUCGGGCUCAAAACAAACCCCUGGGCCGACAGCAGUCAGAGUCGAAUCCGUGGAUUGGGACUGCCGACAAGGUGCUCUCCAAAGUUAGCUUCUCGAUUGCACAGACGUCCGUUGAUGUGUUUGAAAAUACGUCGACGUGGAUGUUUGACUCGGAAACUAGUAGAACAUCGCUGCUGCAGACAGUCGUGCCUAUUCUCAACAAGAUUGUCAUUUACACCUAUGGCAUGGGGGAUUCUCCUAGGUCUGACAAUCUCACAUCCUGUCUUCGACCUGCCGCUUCCCACAUCAUUGAUUGCUUCUUAUCGCCAUCGAGCGGAAGCCUCCGAUUCCAACCUCUUCUCUCCUCAUUUAUAUCUACCCUCACAAGACCAGAUUCAACCCUAUAUCCCCUGCGAUCCCAAGCCGUUCGAAGCGAAGUCACGUCAGUGCUCGACUUUUCUACCACUCUUCUUCGGGUUGCAAACUACCUUGAACGUUCUUCGACGUUAGUUGAGACGUAUCUAUUCAAGACUUCGACGUUAUCAGCCCGGCUCUGCGCAGUAUCAGAUCACUUCCGUGGGCCAGCGUUGUCGCUGCUGGAGGCGCUCGUCAUCAACGCUGCUCAGUCCACCGGUGAACCACCCUCCCUUCUAGGAUAUCUCGGUCCCCAGAUUUCAAAAUCUUUCCUCCAUAUUUUGGCAGCCAUUGGUCAGCCUUAUGCGUUGACCAAUGAAGUAAAGAUAACUUGGAGAUUCUUUUCGUCUAUACUGAAAAACCGACAACAGUGGAUGUCUAACUGCCUUCUCACAGGGCAAACGCCACGAGAGGCAAUGAAGAAGGAUGCCAAGAAGAAUGAAACGUCUGAGGAUUCUGUAUUUGCAACGGCAUUAUCUAAACUUAAAAUUUUGAAAGAUUUAGAGACAGGAGAAGCUCUCGUCGUCUUGGAUUUCGUUACAUCCGCGCAGAAUUACUGGCCUUGGACAGUGUUUACUCUUCAGAAAGACACAGCCUAUAUGGAUGGGCUUCGAGCCUAUGUGCGUGAUUUAAAGCCCUCUCACCAAACUGUCAAAUCAGACGCAGUGCUGGCCAGCACUCAGGCGAGAAUUGCUGCGUACAUUGCGGAAACGUUUGCAAUGCAGCUCUACCAUUCGCGUCAUCUUGGUAACGCAGACACAUUCGCCAAAGGACUGACCAAUGACCUGGACUACUACCUUCGUGAUGGUGUUGAGGUGGCUAGCUACAACAAGUCUCUCCACAACAACUUUGCAAAGAACUUUUCCAAUAAGUAUUUCGGAACCUCUUUGGACAACUUUAAGCGUACCUUGGUGAGUCCAAGGGAACUGGGCGAAAAUUAUUAUUACGACCUGGAUCGUGCCGAUGAGGUUCUGCGAUUUGAUCCCGGAUGGCAAGGAAGGAGGGGCUCUGGAUUCCUGAACGAGAUGAAACUGGCAAACGCCAAUCUGUCUUUGGUCGAUGCCCAAAUCGCGCUCUUCCACGCAUGGGAGCUUUUGUUGCUUGAAUUGAGCACAUGCUUCCCCGAGAGCGAUGCUACCCAUAAGCACAUGAUGCAAGUUGCUCAGCAGUGCCUGAAUGCCAACCAACUGGUCCCUGGCCCUGAAAGCAUCUUCCUCAAAAUUGUCGACAGAAGAGCUAAUCUGGCUCUCAUUCUAAUUCAGCGCUUGGCUCAGUCCACUCUCGCAAUCAAGGAUGUUAACCAGCUUCUGGAGACUUUGAUUGGCACGAUUAAUAGUGUUGAUGAGCCGUUUGAAUCUGAGUCUCUUGUUUAUUACCGCACACUUCUGAAGGCACUGUUUGUCACGCUGCGGGCAUAUCAAACGACAUCCAGCAAGAUGGCGGCGAGCUCACAAGCAGAUCUUGAGGGAUCUAUGGUGACUGUUACCCAAACCAUUCUCAACAUACUAGACACUGUGGUUGCAAGUGGAUUCCGGUCAUUGGUUAGCUUGAUUCAUGAUAAGGAGACAGAUGUCUUCCCAGAGGAUCUUGCUCUCCUUACUGCAAUCAUGCAGGCUUGUCUCAGUGUUCCUAAUAUUGAACAAUCUCAGACUCAAAUAUUGAACAUCAUGGCAUCACAUGACGCUACGCAUGCAGCAACAUCGCUGUACUCAUGGGCUGAUAAGUUGGGCGAACAUGGCGAUCCCGUCUAUGGCGAGCUCAGCAUCUUGUUCUUACUGGAGCUCUCAACUCUUCCGUUGCUGGCGGAGCAGCUUGCUUGCGACGGAGUUCUCGGCUCUAUCCUCUCAGCUAACCUCACCAAAUUCAUGCUGAGGACAAACGUCUCGCCAUAUGCAGAUGCGUCAAUUGCACAACGGUGCUACGGAAUAUGGGUUAAAGGGAUGCUUCCACUCAUGUUGAAUUUGCUCACUGCUCUUGGAGCAACAGUUGCCCCGGAAAUUACGUAUGUUCUGAACCAGUUCCCGCAUCUACUACAAGCUAGCGUGGAGCGAUUUGAAGCGCCUGGGGCCAGUCGAACCAAAGAGAAGUCUACCCAAUACUUGACGCUUCUUGGCACCUCGGAGAUUCACUCUUUGGCACUGCUCACGCGCGUGCUUGCGGCUCUUCGGAUGAACAAUAGCAGAGAUAUCCCCCCAGUCGAAUGGGAUGCGACGGGCCUUCUUGAGAAUGUAGACUAUUGGCUCUCCAGCAGACGUCUUUUGAAGGAGCGGCUCCUGCCUCUGGGGCAACGAGAGAUGGAAUGGAGAGGAAGGAAAUUGGCAGGGGAUUGUGACAACUUGCUGGAGGAGAAGGUGGUGGCACAGCUUGAGACGGUUCGAGACGUGCUCGGCGAGGAAUUUGAAGGUUGA